CUUAAAAGGUGCUUUAAAGGUUUGCUGCCCAGUGAAUCUUCCUUAAAGGCAGAAAAGCCAUUUUUGACCUCCCAUACGGUGUGAUAGAACGCUCCAGAUGUCUUAGCAACUGUGGAAAAAGCUCUAGUGAAUACAAUGAAGCCAAUAAAGCAAGAAAUACUGGUGUGGCAGCAAAUACUGAGCUUCGGCAGCAAGUAGUGGAGCUUUCAGCAAAACAUAUCCCAGUCAAGAGCCGAGAGACCCAAACAGCCACUUUUGAAGGUUUUCCCUUGGACCCUCAUAGGCGAUCGAAGACGGAGCUUCAUGAAAGAGUGGUACGGUACUCAUAAAUGGCUGGAAUACUCUCAAAGUAAAGAUGCUACCUUCUGCUAUGCCUGCCGGCACUUCAGUCUCCCUUCACAUGAUUCAGCAUUUACAUCUGAAGGAUUCAGUCACUGGAAGAAAGCAACCUUUAGAGAUGGAGGAUUUGCUAGCCAUGCAAAAUCAGAAUCACAUACCAAUGCUAUGUUAGCCUGGAAAGACUAUGAAAAAUUGGCAGAAAGCAAAUGUUCUCUCUCUGCCUCUUUAAGUGCAGAAUAUGAAAAACAAUUAAAGGAAAAUAGAGAGUACAUUAAAACAAUUGCAGAAACCCUGCUUCUCACAGCAAUGCAAAAUAUAGCUCAGAGAGCAAAUAAUGAAACCAAGGGUGAGAACAAAGGGAAUUUUCUCUCUAUUAUGGAGUUACUUGCCAAGCAUGAUAACAUAGUCAAGAAAAAAAUGACUAGUCAAAGAAACGCAACAUACCUUGGCCAGAGAACACAAAAUGAAACAAUCGACUGCCUGGCUGAAAUGGUGCGAACCUCAAUAAUUAGCGAAGUUACUCAAAGUGAGGCCUACAGCAUUAUGGCUGAUGAGACUAAAGACAUCAGUAAGAAGGAACAGAUGUCCUUUGUAAUAAGAUAUUAUUAUAAUGGCUCUAUAUUAGAAAGUUUUCUUUCAUUUGAAGCUGCUGAACGCCUGGACGCUGCAGCACUUUCUCAGAAAAAUCAUACAGACAAUGCAGAAGUAUGGCCUUGACUACAGAAACCAUUUAGUAGGGUCCUAUGUACACCAAAGGUGAAUAGAGGUGCAGAAAGACAUGUAUCAGGGGGUGCCAAGAGAAUUACAAAGGUUGAUAGAGACAUGGUGGGCAUGUAGGCAUAAUUCAUGCAAAACAGUAAAGGAUAGACUGCCAGCCAUCAUACAUCUACUCAAACAAAUCUCUGAAGACCGAAACGCUGACAGAGCUGUUGAAGCGAAAGGUCUAUUAGCACAAAUAGAUCUCAAGUUCAUUUGCCUCCUUAUUACACUCACCAAAAUUUUUGGUGAGAUCAAGCACCUGUCUGACAUUUUACAGUCCUCACAACUGAAUUUGGGCAUAGCUGUUACCCUUGUUGAUUCGCUUGUUGACACAUUGAAUGGAUAUCGAGAAGGCUCUGUCUUCAAUGAAAUUUGGGACAACACAAUGACUCUUGCCGAGCAAUGUAGUGUCAGUGUUGUAUCUUCAGGAUGUCAGGUCACACCAAGCUCUAGGAUUGAAGGGUUUUACAUUUCCACACCAAUAGCUCAGAGACAGGUCAGCACAGAUAAGGAAUCAUAUAGGACAGGCUCCUUUAUUUCAAUUAUUGAUGUACUUCUCUCUGAGAUGAAGAGAAGGUUUUCUAAAGAGAAUUGUGUCACAAUGGAAGGGAUACAGGCCUUGAAUCCUGGAAGUCCCACAUUUUGUGAGAAAAAUGUAUUGUUUCCAUUUGCCUCACAAUACAACUGUAGCACUGAGGACCUAGAAUAUGAAAUUCCUCAACUUAAACGAGUUCUUGAAAGGAAGCAAACAAGCGGUGUGGAAGUGCCGUCCAAUUUAAUAGACCUCACAGUUUUCCUUGAGCCAUAUAGGGAGGUUUUCCAUGAGAUGUUUAAACUUUACAAAAUUGCUCUUGCAUUACCUGUGAGCACUGCAGCAUGUGAGCGCUGUUUUUCUGUGCUAAAGUUGAUUGAGACUGUCUUGAGAAAUACAAUGAGUUACGAACGAUUGAGCAACUUGGGGGUGUUAAGUGUAGAGUCAAGAAGGGCAAGGGCCAUAAAUCUUGAUGAUUUUGUUGAAGUGUUUGCAAAAAGACACGGCAAUAGAAGAAUAAAGCUGUACUGAUAUUGUGGCCUAGUAAAACAGGACUCUGUUAAAAUGUAACUCUGUUAACUGUUAAAUGUACAUUGUCUAUAUAUCAAUGCAUUUUGUCUAUAUAUUAAUGCAGUUCAGUUUUUCUUAUUAAUUUUAGACGUGGCAUAUGCUGUAUUGGAAAAUAAUUGGCCUGUUAAGUGUUUUUAAACUAAAUAUUGUCCUUUUCUUUGGUUUGCACAUAUAUUUGCUGAUGUAUUAUUUUUAAGGAA